AUGCUGGUCUUUAGCCUCCUGGUCGCGCUCCUGGCCUAUGUGGUCUCUGCUCAAGAUUGCUCCGGCGUGUGCAAGUCGUACGGGCUGGACUUCGUCGACGGCGGCAACUACUACCAAAACAGCGCUUCAACCGCCAAUUUCACCGCAUUGCAAGAUUUCAGUGGUUGCCAGUCCGAUCUUGCCGACAAUAUCCUCGUCGACCCACAGGGCGAUCAGUAUUUGUGCAACAGUACGCCACUGACGCCGGACGGGACGCAACAACAGAUCAUCUGCCCCAUUGCCAAAGACCAAUUGACAAGUGGUGAAUACUCCAUCAUUGUCCUCUCAAAUAAUGGGCAGUGUGCUCCGAUCAAUUACAUUCGUUCGUUUCAGCUUGAUGUCGCACCGCAAGUCACUUCAAAGAUCCCUUUGACCGUGAUUAUCACAUCUACCAGCGCGCCAGCCACGAGUACG